AUGUUAACAAAAUUUACAAGGCUUGGUUUUACUUUUAGAUGUACAUUAUGUAAAUUAAAAAUAGAAUUUGUCGUUAAACUUAUUCAAAUGUAUAUUAUUUUUCUUCCUAACUUGAAUAUACUUCUAAUUUGUAGUAGUACAAAAUAUUUAAAUAAUUUUAAAAAUAAAAUUGUAUCUGUUAUAUUUGUCAAUUUUUACUAA